AUGAAGAUCUUUUUGGAAUCAGUUGAUAAAGAUGUAUGGGAUGCUAUUGUUAAUGGUCCAUUCAUACCGACAAAAAUUGUGGAAGGAAAAACUAUGGCUAAAGAUUUCUUAUCUUGGACUCUUGAUGAAAAUAAGCGUGCUCAUUAUGAUGUGAGAGCCAAAAAUAUAAUCUCAUAUGCACUAACAUUGGAUGAAUUCUACAGGGUAUCAAUUUGUCAAUCUGCCAAAGAAAUGUGGGAUGUGUUAAAGGUAACUCAUGAAGGCACGGAUGAAGUCAAAAGAGCUAGAAAGAACACAUUAAUCCAGGAGUAUGAAAUGUUUAGGAUGAAGGUUGAAGAAACAAACUAUGAUGUGCAAAAAAGGUUCACUCAUAUUGUGAAUCAUCUCAUAGCCUUGGGAAAGGUCUUUGAAAAGGAAGAACUAAAUAUCAAAAUACUGAAAAGUCUGAAUAAAGCAUGGCAACCUAAGGUCACUGCAAUUUCUGAAUCAAGAGAUCUCACCACAAUGAGUAUGGCAACCCUCUUUGGAAAACUAAGAGAACAUGAAUUGGAACUUGGACGUCUAAAAGAGGAAGAAGAAGGAGAGAAAAGACAAUGCAUUGCAUUAAAAGCUGUUGCAAAAACUGAAAGCAGAAGCAAAGCCAACAAAGAUAAAGAAACAGUAGAUCAAGAGGAUGAAAAUUCUGAUUCUGAGACACUGAAACUGAUGGUAAAACGUUUCUCACGAUUUUUGAAGUACAAAAAUAAAUCUAAUGCAAAAUUUGCAGCUGCAGGAAAUAGAAGAUUCCCUCCCAAGAGGCAAGAGUCAUCACCUAGCACUCCAACAUGUUAUGAGUGUGACAAAUCUGGUCAUAUCAAACUUGAUUGUCCAAUUCUAAAGAUAAAAAAGAAAUUGAAGGAAAAGAGUGAGGCCACAAGCAAGUCCAAGAGAGUAAAGAAAGCAUAUAUUGCUUGGGAGGACAAUGACUCCAACACCUCUAGUGAUUCAAGUGAAAGCCAUGAAGAAGAAACAAAUAUGUGUUUGAUGGCUGAUACAAAAUCCUCUGUCAGCAGUGUAAGUAAUCUUGAAUCUACUGAUGAAAGCUAUGAAAAUAGGUUCUAUCAACUACUUGAUGUAUAUAAUGAGUUGCAUGAAGAGGCUAGAAAGUUGCAAUACUCUAAUAACAGACAUAAAAGGUGA